GGGAAAUAAACGCCCCCUCCGGUUGGCGAAGGAAUUGCAGUCUCCCACCUCGUCUGUCCACAUUGGAACACAACGCAGAGUUGGAUUUGAACCAGUAUUGAUCCGCCAACCCCCCCAUUCCAAAAUUCCCAAAUCCAAAUUGCAUGUGAGACGCAUGAUGAAGGUCAGGAUGUGAGUUUGAAAGAAGGACCAGCCCGUGUGAGCGUAGAUUUGAGGUUGGAGAAACAUGGUGAGGUCAGUCGCCAUCUGCAGACCAGGAUAAUCCUCAUUAGAAGAUUAGCCAAACGCAGGCGGCAGGCAGGCGGCACUCGCAGAAACAUCAUUUCCUUUUUUGUCGCUUCUGGACGGGACAUGAUGGGACAGUCGUUUUCAUUGCAGCCAAAUCAUUUGGAUUUUGACAUUUUGGUUGCAGUUGACAAAAUUUCAACACCGAUUGUGAGAAGAGAUGGAUUUUUGUUUGACGGAACCGUUUUUGUGUAAAGCAAAUAUUUGAAUUUGGAAAACGUCGAAGGCUUCCUUUGGAUUAUUGUUUUUACUCUACAAACUUUACUUUUAUUUUAUAACAUUAUUUUGAAAAGCUGUGAGUAUGUUGGGAGCAAAAAUGUAGUAAAUUGUGUUUGGCUUUUAUUGUGAAACAAGAAGUACUUGAUAUUGCAAUACCGCCCAGUAUUGGAACCAUUUUCCCACCAGCCAAUCGGUAUUCAUGACAGAAUGAUUUCCUAUGUGGAGUGUUUGGGUGGAGAGGGGGUGGGGCCUGGGGUGGCCUCUCGCUGCUGGAAUCUGGGGCCCGAUGAGGAACAAGAUGAGCUUCUUCCACGGAAGAUGGCCACCCUGCAGCCAAAGACGGAGGGCAGUCUUCGGCGACGGCUGCUGAGCGCUAAAAUCCAUCAGCACCAUGAAGCCAUUUGGAGGAGUAACGCACGUAGCGCUGGCUGGCCACCCUCAGGUGACAAAAGCCCCGCCCCACCUCACCCUCCGUAUGCCAGCCCUUGGUUGUACGCCCAGCACUGCUCACCACGGGCCCAGAUCCACACAAGUCUCCCUUCACAGGCUCAUGGGAAACUGUUCUUCACUCCGGAAGUUCAUGGAAAACCAGCUAUGCAAUCCCAUCAGGUGCCUCGCCCUGCCCUCACCCAGUGGCGAAGGACAAGCUCCUGCCCUCCCAUCCCGGAGCCCCGCCCCGGAUACACUCAUCCGGGGCUCCCACCUGAACUAAGAUCGCCUUCCAGGAAGCCAGAGGUGCCGCCGCAGUACCGCUACCAUCCCAGCAAGAGGCGCAAGAAGUUUUUCUGCUUGAAAAAGCAGCUGCGUUGCCCCAAGCAGGAAGCCACGCCCCUUUUACACAGAGCACGGGAUGGGGACAAGUGGUCUGUUCACUACACUACCCAGAAUCCCCAGCAGGGCCUGCUUUUCAUCAGCGGAAAAAAGCCUGGUCCCACUGAAGACUUGCAAGUCCACUGUGGACUGACUCAGCAUGGAGGCAGCAGACCGACCACCUCACUGCUCUGCACCCCAAGCGCCGACUCCUGCUCGUCCUCUGGAAUCCACCAAUCAGAGAGCGGCGCGCACCAACGCUGGCGGGACAAAAGCAGGAAAAUGAGGUCCGCAAUCUGGGACUUUCUCUCUCAGUCCUGCUUUUCUGUUUGUUUCAAGUUGUCUGUUUGGAGAAGAAAGUCCUCAGUGUCCUCGGAUGAAGAGGAAACCAUCAUUGUCAACAACACGCGACCUCUGACCCCACUGGUCCAUCUCUCCACCUGUUGGGAUGUCUUCACUUGUGAGAUGGAGCUCGGAAUGAAGACGGAGGCGACCGCCCGACUCCCAACCCCGGAGGAGAGGAUGAGGCAGCAGGCCGAGGCCAUCACUGCCGAAAUAGUUCCCAUCAACAUAACAGGGGAGCAUUUUCAUCGCCAGGCCAGCUUCCGAAAAGUCACUUCCAACGCUGACUCCUCAUCCCGCCGCUCUCGGAACCUCAGCUGCCGCAAGACCGGAACCAGCUCCCCCCCUGGUGUCAUCCAAAAACCAGACUCGCCUGUGGGUCAGUCCUCCACGGAUGCUCCACUUGGCUCCUCCCCCUGCCAACAGGAAGAAGAGGAGAUGGUCAGGAAAAAGAGGGAGUCAUUGGCGAGGAAGAUCCGAGCCCCCAAAGGGAACGGGAUAUCCAGCCUGAUGGCGUCCCUUACCUCGCCACGCGCCCACUCCUGCCAUGACCCCGCCCCCUCUUCCGAGCGCCACAGUCUUCCUCGUACGGCUACCAACUCCUCCCUGGACUCAGAGGCCAGCUGCAACAGCUUCUCAUACAGAACACUGAGCGCCUCCUCUUCCUGCUCCCAGGCUUUUCCUAGCGACCUUCAGCCCUUGCUACCCUUUGAUCCCACCGCAAGGGUCAUACCUCAGUCCCUCUCCUCCCCCGUCUCUCCAUCACAUCUCAGCAUGCUUACCAGUCCCCAGAAGAGUGAGAGGUCCUACCCCAGGGAUCAGGAUGGCGGGUCCCAGGAUGCAGGCCACCACCACUCCCCUUUCUCCUCCAUUGCUGACGCAGCGUCUCAGGAUGGCGGGAUGAGCCUUUCUCUCUGCAGCAGCCGCUGGUCCUGCCAUGGCAUCCCAGCUGGGGGCAACUGGGGCACCAUUGACCAGGAGACAAGACCAGCUUCCCUGGUCUCCUCUGGUCGCUCCUCCCCAUGGAACAUCGAUGCCACCUCGGUGUGGUCAGAGGAUGGGAGCUCAUCUUCCUGGCAGACUCGAAGCAGAUCAUCCAGCACCUCCUCCUGCCGCAGCGUCUCCCUUCGCAAGGCCAAGCGUCCGCCUCCCCCACCCGUACGAUGCGACUCCCUCAGGCAUCGAACUGGCCGCAGCAAGUCAUCCUGUCCAUCAUCCGGCCCCCCCUCAUGGCCGCUGACCUUGAAUGACCCAUGGGUGCCGCGGAAUCGCACCCAACGCCGUCAGAGUGGCCUCCAUGGCGGCACGGUCACGACCUUUGAACCGUUAAGUGUAGACCGUCAGGCAGCUUCGUCCAGCCCCAAUCACGCCCCCGCCCUCACUCCUGGUUCUCCCGUCUCAAAAAAGGAGGAGCUGAGCUUUGGUGUCAUCCCCCGUCCAGCCGCUCCUUCCGUAGCGAGCCUUCAUCAUCUCACCUCCCCCUCCAGCGGCUACUCCAGCCAGUCCGACAGCCCCCUCUCCUCCCCCGGCACAGCUAGCCCUGGGGCCUUCUCUCCUCCUCAGACCUGCCCCCUCCCCGACCACGCACCCACCCUGCCCCCGUCCCCCAACAGCUCUAAACCCCACCCACCAGAGAGGAAGCCAUCUCUCUUCUCCUCCCUUUCCUCCUCCUUUUCCUCCACCUCCUCCCUGUCAUCCUGCACCUCCUCCGACUCCUCUGCCAAGUACAUUCAUGCCCCUGCCAGUUUUAUUCCCACUGCGCCUCCUCUACCACCUUUAGCGCUUCCUCCGCCUCCUCCUCUACCGCAUUUAUCUAGUAUUCCUCCACCUCCUCCUCUACCGCAUUUAUCUAGUAUUCCUCCACCUCCUCCUCUACCGCAUUUAUCUAGUAUUCCUCCACCUCCUCCUCUACCGCAUUUAUCUAGUAUUCCUCCACCUCCUCCUCCUCUACCGCAUUUAUCUAGUAUUCCUCCACCUCCUCCUCUACCGCAUUUAUCUAGUAUUCCUCCACCUCCUCCUCUACCGCAUUUAUCUAGUAUUCCUCCACCUCCUCCUCUACCGCAUUUAUCUAGUAUUCCUCCACCUCCUCCUCUACCGCAUUUAUCUAGUAUUCCUCCACCUCCUCCUCUACCGCAUUUAUCUAGUAUUCCUCCACCUCCUCCUCUACCGCAUUUAUCUAGUAUUCCUCCACCUCCUCCUCUACCAACUUCUCCUCAUCCUCUAUCAUCUUCAUCACAUCCCGAUCCUCCUUUUUCAUCUUUAUCCCGUUCUCUUCUUCCCCCACUUCCAUCUCAUUCUCAUUCCACUCUUUUUCCUUCAUCCCUUCCUCCUUCCUUCUCAUCCUCAUCCUCAUCCCUUCCUCAACCUCCUCUAAUUACUCACCCCACAAUACUUCCACCUCCUCCGCCUCCCCCUCUCCCUCUCCAUUUGGCCUCACGACCACCUCCUCCACCCUACUCCCAUGCAGUCAAACAGUCCUCCUAUCAUGCUGUGCUGUCAAAGACCCAGUCUCCUCCUCCUCCUCCUCCUCCUUCUGUCACACACCCACUUGGGUGGUCCCCUCCAACAGGCCUUGGUACUGAUAGAGCCCCAAACUGCCCCGUCAAAGGGUUCAACUUACCCCAGUGCCCCCUCGUUACAUCACAGGCUUUGCAGAGCAUCAGGCUCCGCUCCAUUACCAAACAGGAAGUUCCACACCAGGCCGCCACCCCGCUUGCUGACACCCAGGUUCCCGUGGGGCCAAGCGGCCGUGCUGAUGCUGAUGCUGAUGAUGAUGCUGAUGCUGAUGCUGAUGCUGAUGCUGAUGCUGAUGCUGAUGCUGAUGCUGAUGCUGAUGAUGUUCGUAUCCCGGCCUGUACACAUUCACAGCAGCAGCAACCCGGAAUGUUGCCAUGUCCUGAGGGGGUGUCCGUGGAUGAGUCUGUUCAUUCCCAUUUCCACACUGCUAGCCAAGAUGAUCACAUGACAAAACAUGAAAAGCAUCAGAGGGGAGAUGCCAUAAGAGUCCAUGAUCUAAGCCAGCAUCCACGUGGGGCCGUGAGCUUCAAGAAGAAGAAGCCUGUUCUUCCAAAGAAGCCUGAUCUCAGCAUCCUUGGGAUAAUGGCGUCUCCCCAGUCCAAACUGGGCCUGACAUCUGAUUUUGUGACAGGGAACCACAUGACAAGCCCCACUGUGGACAAAAAGGCCCACAGCCCAGAUGAUGUUACACCAUCACCUUUUGGCUCUCCUCUUAUUCAACAUAGGAUGCCAGAUGCAACACAAAAGACACAACCGCACGAAUCAUGUCAAUGCCCCUCGCCGACCAUCCAUACCACAGAAUGUGCCACCGGACCCACCGAUAAGGAGUUCCACGGUGACAUCUGGCUGAGCAAUGAGAGCUACCAGGCGACCAGGGAAGGUCUGCUCUCCAGUGAUGGCACCAUAGAGCCAGGCUCCUUUGAGACGUUGAACCUUUGCAGCACUUCAGCAGUCCACACCAGUGCGGCGACAUCACUUGGGCAGGAAGUGGACGUACAAUGUCACGGAAAGUUGACGAGGUUCUCCUCAUUAGAGAACGAAGAACAUGAGCAGACACCAACACGACAAAAUGCCUCAAAAAGGAAGAGGAGGACUGCCAGUAGAUGCCUGUUAAUGACAUCUGCAAGGAUUUCCUCCUCCUCUUCCUCAACCUCCUCUUCAUCAUCAUCGUCUUCAUCCUCUGAUGAAGAUGUGGAAUCACAGACGCUAACCAGGGAGAGGUUCAGUAGGUCCUGUACGCUGAUGGCACAGAGAAGCUGCAACCUGGGCGGCGUGCUGCCCAGGGAGGACCUGCAAAGGGAACUAUCCCUGAGCGACCUCCUCAUAGAGGAGCCACACGACGAAGGGGAGAUGAUGGACGCCGGCAGGUGUUCUGAUGCCAAGUCAGCAAGUCACAUGACUCCAAGUGGGCCACGGACAACCGAGGACCUCUUCACUGCCAUCCACAGGUCAAAACGGAAAGUAUUUGGAAGAAGUCGCAGUCUGAUGACCUCAGCCGACCGCCGACCUCGACCAACGCUACAAACUUUGACCUUCGCAACUCUCAACAGUCAGAGAUCAUCAAGAAGCGAGAGCUUCAAGGCACUUCUGCUGAGGAAGGGGAGUCACAUGCACUCAUCAUCUCCAAUAUCGGCGGUGGAGCGUCUUCGUGUAGUCGUUGCUCCCACCGUCCAAACCACAAACUUGAGUGCGGCCAUUGCUCAACACGCUCAUGAUGUACCGCCGUCACCGGCGUGCUCAGAUGUGCCCGUUUCCUCCGCCAUGAGGCGGAAGGUGCCACGCAUGCCACUUGUCCCCUCUUCUUCCUCCGCCAUGAGGCGGAAGGUGCCACGCAUGCCACUUGUCCCCUCUUCUUCCUCGGCCAUGCGACCUCCAUGCUCAGCCAAUCGGCAUUUGGCUGCUCGCUGCCGCCAUUUUGCUGCUCCCAUGACGCCCAUCAUUGAGGGGGAAGUCGAGGAAGAUGGCGGCGUCAUGGUUGGCAAUCACGUACAGUAUGACGCCUUAGGAAACGCUAACAUGAACGGUGUCGUCUGCAGGUCCCUAAAACUCACACUCAUGUGAUUGGACUGAUAAUUAGGGCCACAAGAGCAUCAUCGUUAUGGUAACGGUUGGAUUUCAUUGGAACAUGCAUCCCAUAAUCAGUUCCCAGUUCCACAUGUCCAAAAGGAGUAGGAAGAAGCAAAGCUUAUUAAAUCCUACCCCUCCAUCUGGUACUUUUACAAUCACUAACUCUUACAUUUGUUCACUUCCUGCUUUCCUAAUGUAAAUUAGAGGUCAUGGUUGUACCGUAAUGUAGUAUACUGCAGAUUCUGAAGUCUACUGAAGUCAACUCUGCUUUGUGUUUAUUACGCUUCUUUACUUAGUAGCCACGGGCACAAGUGAAAUCAGGGUGGAAGCUGUAUCUUAGUAGCAAUAAACGUGUAUUUACUCAGCCAUUAAACAAUCAGGGUGGAAGCUGUAUCUUAGUAGCAAUAAACGUGUAUUUACUCAGCCAUUAAACAAUCAGGGUGGAAGCUGUAUCUUAGUAGCAAUAAACGUGUAUUUACUCAGCCAUUAAACAAUCAGGGUGGAAGCUGUAUCUUAGUAGCAAUAAACGAGUAUUUACUCAGCCAUUAAACAGCAAUACAUUUGAUAUAAAAAGGUGUAGAAGGCAUUGCAAAAGGAAAAUGUGUUUGUGUUUUUCCGUCUACACCAGCGUAGAACAUCUGGCAAACUAAUACAAAACACCAGGGGGUAGUAGUUGGCAAAUACAUGAGAUUUUCAUUUUACAACCAAGAAAAUUUACAAUAGUGAUUUUAUUAGCUACGAAAUAUAAAAGGCUAGACACAUUAAGACACUAAUUGGGAGGGGGGGGGCAAAAAAACAAAACACAGCAAACAAAAGCAAAACCCCAACAACACAAAAUAAUAAAUAACCUUUAAAUCAAAACACCAACUCCCAAUCGGACCAAGUAAAAGUGCAUACGUGCGAUGGUUGUUGGUCCUCCCCUAAAUUGCAUACACUAAGCCCGUUGGGACAGCGCACCCCCAGAGCGGCAUCUACUGCCU